AGCCCCGCCCCACUUCACCCCGCCCCUAGUGCACUAGCAUCAGCCGGUAGCAUCAGGCGGGUCUGCAGCCAUGGCGUCGGAGCGGCUGCCCAACAGGCCUGCCUGUCUGCUGGUGGCCAGCGGCGCUUCCGAAGGAGUGUCAGCCGCGUCUUUCUCCCACUGCUUCACCCUGGCCAGUGCCGCCUUCAACCUGCAGGUGGCCACCCCUGGGGGAAAGGCCAUGGACUUUGUGGAUGUGACUGAGAACAAUGCACGUUGGGUACAAGACUUCCGCCUCAAGGCUUAUGCCAGCCCCGCUAAGCUUGAGUCCAUAGAUGGUGCCCGGUACCAUGCUCUUCUGAUUCCCAGCUGUCCUGGCGCCCUGGCUGACCUUGCCAGCAGUGGGUCCCUGGCUCGGAUACUGCAGCACUUCCGCUCGGAGAGCAAACCCAUUUGUGCCAUUGGCCAUGGUGUUGCUGCCCUGUGCUGUGCUACCAAUGAAGACAGGUCCUGGGUGUUCCAAGGCUAUAGUCUGACAGGGCCUUCUGUGUACGAGCUCAUCAGGGCACCUGACUUUGCCCGCCUGCCGCUGGUUGUUGAGGACUUUGUGAAGGACUCUGGUGCUGGCUUCAGUGCCAGUGAGCCCGACGCUGUGCAUGUGGUGCUGGACCGCCACCUGGUCACUGGCCAGAAUGCAAACUCCACUGUGCCUGCUGUCCAGAACCUGCUCUUCCUCUGUGGCAACCGGAAGUAACUUGGAUGCUGUCCCUGAUCCUGGUGGCCUAGAGAACAGCUUAAGUCAUUGUGGCUUCUUCUGUUGGUCCUUACUUACGGGGCCCUCAAGCCUCCAUGUGGACCUUGUGGAAUGCUGGAGGCUUCCAGGAGUUAAGACUUGUAGAAUAUCACUUCUAAUGUAGACUGAACCCCCUCCUUCCAUUUCCAGCACAUAGUGUGGAACAUCUUGGCUGGUCAGGCAGUCCCUGAGAACUGCAAAUUGUACAUUCCAAGAAGAAUCGUCCUUGGGAGACAGUCUACUGUGGGAUCUUAGGGUCCGGUGUUGCUCUUCCAUGGCCUUUUGGCUAUUUCCAUCCCUUUAGCUGUUGGUAAGAACCAUGUGGAAGGGACUGACUGACUGACUGGUGCUUGCUCUGAAUUCAUCUUGCCAAAGGCCUAAGCAGGCAGCAUUCUUGCUGAAGAAAUCUGCCCUUGCUGGCCUAUGUUUUUUUGUUUGUUUUGUUUGGGGGGGUUUGAGACAGAAUUUCUCUGUGGCUUUGAAGGCUGUCUUGAAACUAGCUUUUGUAGCCCAGGCUGGUCUCAAACUCACAGAGAUCCGCCUGCCUCUGCCUCCCAAGUGCUGGGAUUAAAGGCGUGCGCCACCAACACCCGGCAGCCUGUGGUUUUUAAUGCAAUAGAGGCCCCAGCUCAGCCUGGCGUGGUCCUUGGAAUGGACACAGUGAUGUUACCCUGACUCAUACAGCAUGGAAAAAAUAUUAGUGCCACACUUUGAGAUCCUUAGGCUGCUGUUAUCCGACAGUCUGUCCAAUGGCCCCUGGCUUACAGAAGCCUCAGCCCAGGUAUUUAUUUCAUCUACUCCUGGAAGGAAAGGCUACAGAUAGGCUCGGGGCUUGGGUUCUAUGGAGUAGGAAUAGCCAUGAAUCCUGUCUCCCAGACCCUGGACAGACUUCUGCUGAGGACCUUAUAUGGCUAUGUGGACAUGCUUGUUUGCUGUCCAUCCUGGGGCACCUGGCCUGGACUGUAGCCUCCAGUGAGCAGUUGUCCAGCCCUGGAAUAGAACCUUCCAAGUAACUUGGACCUCCCAGCUUCCAUCUCCACUUGACUUUUGCACAUCCCAAGCUUUAGAAUAGCACUAGUGCCAGAGACCUGGAGAAAUACCUUUUGGUGGUUAAUAACCUUUAUGAGGGAAGUCUAGAACCAAGUGGAAGAAGGAAGCAGGAAGCAGAAGAGCCCACCUGUCCCUGGGUUCCUCCCUGGCUUGCACUGCUCCUGUCUGCCAUGUACACUAUGACUAUGUAAUGAUGGAUACUCCUGGACAAAACCUUAAAAAUCUGAUUGGCUGGCUCUACAUGAA